AAUGAUGAUUGUAGGAAAUACAAGAACUUCCUUUUAAGUUAUUAACGACAAUAUAACAUUAAACCGAAAUUUCAAGAUAUCUCCGAAAAAAGUACUACUGACUGAGCUAUAAAAAAUGCUUCCUUCAUAGUGAAAGGGUAUGAACCCAUGGUAUUUGGUCAAGACUAGAACCACCUAUAGCUAUAACCUAACCUAAAAAACAUGUCAUUAUUUUUGUCAAAACUAUGACACGGUUGAAUAGUAGUCCCUCCCUCUCGAAUUUUAAAAGAUGGAACCAGAAAAUUCAGAAAGUGAUCAUUACGCGAGAUAUCCUAAUUUGAAACUAGCUCAGUUGAAAUUCAAAGUAUCUCUUCCAGAUUAUACAGAGGAUGUAGAGCUAAAGAAAAAGCUAUUGGAUAUGAUUGUAUCAGAGGAAAUGGGUCCCUACUAUGAAAUUGCAGCAGAAGAGCUAGGCUGGAAUAUUCAAGAUCACAUCAUGAAAAAGUUAAAAGAUCAAAAUGCAGUGAAGCUAGCAGAGCUGGACAAAGCAAUCGAUGAUGCAUUGGAAAACUUAAGCACAAUCGACGUGAAACAGGCGUAUCUACACAAGGCAAAUUACCUGUGCAAAAUCGGCGACAAGGAAAACACAAUUAAAUCGCUUAGUCAAGCUUACGAUAACACUGUUGCCUUAGGUUGCAAGCUAGAAAACAUCUUCAAACGUAUGCGCCUAGGUCUAUUCUUCAUGGACCUAGACCUAAUGCAAAGAAGUCUCCAACAAGCCGAGCCAUUGGUCGAACUAGGUGCCGACUGGCAGAGUCGCAACUGCUUUAAUUUCAACAAAGCCCUCCACUGCAUUGCAAUCAGGAACUUUGAUACUGCGACAGAUCUUCUAGUAUCAGCCAUAGCCACGUUCGUUUGUACAGAAAUCAUGGCUUACGCAGAUUUUAUCAAGUACACUGUGCUGUGUGGUGCGCUGAUCUUGAAACGAGGAGACGUGAAAAAACUGCUCAUAGAUAAUCCUGAAAUCCAGCAGGCGCUGCAUUAUAAUAGCACGCUCAGAGAGUACUUGUUCUCGUUGCACGAGUGCGAGUAUAGAUUGUUCUACCAGCGGUUGGCGGACAUAGAGGUUAUGAUGAAAGAAGAUAUGUUGCUCCAUCCCCACUAUCGAUACUACAUCAAAGAAAUGAGGAUCACAGCCUACGAUCAACUGUUAUCUACCUACAUGUCUUUAGGUGUUCCUUAUAUGGCUAGUCAGUUUGGAGUAUCCGAAGAAUUUAUUGAGGACGAAGUUAGCAAAUUCAUUGCUGCCGGAAGGUUGAAUUACAAAAUCGACAAAGUGAGUGCAAAAAUAGUAAACGUACCAUUGGAAAAGAACAGUGAAGUGUUUAAGGCUGUGAUCAAACAAGGCGACCUUCUGUUGAACCAUAUACAUAAACUGGGCAGGGUGAUCAACAUCUAGCACCGUGCGCCAAUGUUCAAGUAAAACCGCAGAAUGUUAUGUACGAUACAGGGAAUUAAUAAUAGUUUGUAGCUGGGAUAGAAAGCAAAAUAAACUGUAUACCAUUUAAAAA